UCCACUUCGACUAGCUCGCCCAAAAAAACCAACCAACCAACUCAACAUCACCAUGAAGUCCUUCAUUGCUCUGUUCAUCGUCCUGGCCAUCGCCGCCGUCUAUGGUGCCGAGGAGUCGAAGGUGACCGAGAAGCGUGGCAUCUACGGUGGACUUGGCUACGGUUACUCCGGCUACCCGGGUCUGGCCGGUCACGGAUACUACGGUGGUCUGGGAGGAUACGGUGGAUACGGUGGAUACGCUAACGGACUCGGCUAUGGAUCGCACGCCGGCUACUACGGAUCGUACCCGGGAUACUACGGUUCCCACUCGGGAUACCUCGGUGGCUACUCCGGCUACCCGUACGGUGUGGGCUACGGAUUCCACUAAGCGCCUUAAUGAACUGCUCCUCCGGAACCGGUAAUGUGGCCCCCUAGAGUGCAUCCUUAGCCACCGCAGGAUCAUGCAUUGAUCUUGUGUUGUGUGAGAGCGGAAGCUAUGUGGAAGCUCAGGAUCCUGGCCUUCAGAUGGCCUUCCCUGGAUGCAGUUUGUGAUCACUUGCGGAGGGGGGAUUUGGUUCCGGUGGGUGGUUUGGCAAUUGUUUUCCCCCGUGGUACCACCACUGGUGGAGUUUCGGCCCCAUCAAAAUUCCUUUCUUGACCCGACCGAAUGCUGUGAAUACUUUCGAAAGUAUACGACUACCGUUAUGCGUGUUUUAUAUUCUACUUUAUUUUGCCUCUACUGUGUUAUUACAACUACUCUUUUUUUACUUUAGUCUCUAGCGUUUGUACAGUACAAUAAACGAAAGGAAACAAAAACUUUUACG